AUGAGAUCCUUUAUCUCAGACUACGUCAAGAAAUGCUCCAAAUGUAGUAGGUAUAAAGCUGAAAAUCAGAAACCCGCUGGACUAUUAAGGAUCCCAGCUUAUUCCCAACGAUUCGAAACUUUAGCAAUCGACCUUCUCGGCCCUCUCCCAGAAACAUCAGAUGGGAAGAAGUGGAUAUUCAUCAUAGAAGACACGGCCACAAAAGGGAUAGAACUCUUUGCCUUAAGGGAUGCUACAAUAUGUAAUUUACUGGACAUUGAUCAAUGUCGGACUCCAGUAUACUGUCUUCAAGCAAACCCGGUCGAGGGAAAGAACCGUAACUUAAAACCCAGAAUUGCAAUCCUAGUUGAGAACAGCCCUCAUACCGCCUGGGCAGAAAAACUACCAGCUAUCCGAUUUUCCGUGAACUCUGCAAAAUGCAGCUCAACAGGGUAUUCUGCUGCGUUUCUUCAAUUUGGAAGAGAGAUGAGCACAGCAGAUGACGUCAAGCAUGAUCUGCGCUCUGUUAUACACAGCAAUAACUUCGUUGCUGAAAUAACACCAUACUUGCGAAAAUUUUCCAAUCUACACCAGGAGAUAAAAGAUCGUGUGGAGAAAAAGCAAGAUCAACACAAAAAAUAUGCGGAGAAGAAGAGCAGAAAUGCUGUGUCUUAUGCACCUGGGGACUGA